AUGGGGAGGGGGAGAGAUGGUUGCAAAAGUCUGCCGGGAGAGAAAGAUCACGUCGAGGGUGGGAUUGAACAGAGGGGGUGGGGCGGGCUGGUAGCUAUUCGGCAGCAACGAGCAGCUGGGUGGGGUGGAUUCGGACCGGACUCAAAAGUAGGGGAUCUUGAGUGGGAAGAUGCAAUUACACUGAGUGCAACGGUGGUAGAGGGAGACAAAUACAACUAUCGAUGGAUUAAAUGGUUGAGAUGUCUUGUAGCUCAUCCAACAAUGGGUGAAACAGGGACAGAACAUUUUAGAAGAAUGAAGAAAGGUGAUGAAACUACUUGGUCUGAACUUCCGGAGGAACUCCUUGAGAUUAUUGCAAGGAGGCUUACUUGUUUAUUUGAUUAUGUCCAAUUUGGUGCAGUAUGCCAGUCAUGGCACUCCACUAUGGUGAACAUGCACCAGCAUUUAACUUUCUGGGAUCCAUGGUUGAUGCUUCCUGAGAAGCAAGACAAAAGCAUGAUCCGUUCCUUCUACAUUUUAUCUAAGAGAAACAUUUUUGAGUUAAAACUACCUGAAGCUCAUGCAAAGCGUUGCAUUGGAUCUUCUAAAGGUUGGCUAGUAAUGGUAGAUGUAAGCUUAUCGAUCCAAUUGUUGAAUCCAUAUACCAGAGUCCAAUUUCAGCUUCCACAUCAAUUGACAUUCCAAGAUCAAAACAAUUUCGCACAAGGUUACACAUCAGAAGAAUUACGUGACUUCUUCAUUCUAAAGGUUGUGUUAUCAUCCAGCCCUUCAAAUCCUGAUUACAUAUCUAUAGCCAUCUACUCUGACUGGGGGAAAUUAGCGAUUGCUAGAUCUGGAGAUGAAGUUUGGACCACGAUACCAAGUGAAUGGUUUGCAUUUACUGAUGUCAUAUACUAUAAGGAACAGUUUUAUGCCAUAAAUUGGAAUGGUGAGGUUGUGUCUUGUGAUGUUGGUGCUCAUCCAAAGACUACACUUAUCACAACUCCUGUGAGAGAAAGUUACGGGCAGAAGUACUUGGUUGAAUGUUCAGGUGAGCUAUUACAGGUUAUAAGAGAAGUAAUAUUUGAAGAUGCUCCUCAUAAAACAAUAUGGUUCAGUGUUUUCAAGCUAGACUUCUACAAGAAGUUGUGGGUUGAGAUAAAAAGUCUGGGUGACCAUUCAUUGUUUUUAGGUUACAAUAAUUCUUUCUCAUUUUGUUGUAACGACUCUUCAGCGACAGGGGUCAAGAGAGAUUGUAUUUAUUUCACAGAUGACUAUCUUGAAGCACAUCAAGGGCUUCAGAAUGAGUGGGCUGGUAGUGACAUGGGAGUUUUUCACUUGGAAGAUGGACGAAUUGAGCCUCAUUACUCUGGCUAUGCUUGUCAUCCUUUCUCACUACCCAUUUGGUAUACUCCAAACAUAGGAUAG